AUGGUAGGGGUGGUUGUACAAGUAGAAGUCAAAGCAGUAGGAAGGAUGGUUGCACCAGCCAAGAUAGAGCCACAAGUAGGACAAGACCCAGAGUGGUGUGGAAUAAAGACAGAGCUCUGGAGAGGAGUCAAAUUGAGAUUAGAAGCUAUUAAAUUUUGUGGACCAUCAUGCAUACAGUCAGUUGUAUGGCCUGCUGUGUUGAGGGGUCGUAGUGUCAUUGCCGUAGGGCCUCCACACAGUGGAAAAACUCUCUCCUAUCUUCUUCCCCUUCUGUCAUCUGUUCUGCAGCUGAACACCUACUUGGAAAUUCCUGAUGGAAGUGGAGUGCAAUUGAUAAAUGGAUGUGAUUUCCUAAUUGCAACUCCCAGUAGCUUUCUUCGGAUGCUGCAGAAUCAUGAAGGUAAAGUCACAAAUUUAAGGAGGUGCUGCCACCUGGUGCUUGAUGAUGGAGAAACACUCGUUGAGGAGUUUACAAAACAGGUACGUGAAGUCUUGAUGGAAUAUGCUUCGAGUGUGAGACAGCGAGGAGAUAUAGCUGCACCUAACCAGAUUAUUCUUUGCACUGAAAAAUGGACGAAAGGGAUUGAAUCUUUUAUGUACAACUGCAUGAAAGAUCCCCUUGUGUUUUUCAGCUCUCUGUUUGAAGCAGCAAUUUAUGCACUUAUUCCCAAUUUUGUUGAAAUAUGUGACAGUUCCCAAAGAUCAACAACACUUCUGAAUCUCGUGAGCAACAACAAAGGUUUGAAGAUAGUAGUUUGUGUGUCUAGCCCUGCCUCGGCUCUUGAGGUUCACAAAAUCCUGAAAAACUUCUCCAUUUACUCCAUAUUAGCUCAUGAUAAUAUGGUACAUUAUGAUUUGAAUGAAGUUGCUCAAGAAUGGCACACAUCACAUGCCAGUGGAUCGCAUCCUGUGUUGGUUGUAUCAGACAAUGUUUUACCUGCUCUUCAAGUUAGAGAUGCACAAUGUCUCAUUCAUUAUGAUCUUCCUGAGAUUUCACGGUUUCAGUUUGGAAGUCGUUAUCUUACCUUAUCAGACUAUUUUCCUCGUAUUGCAGAAUUAUCGAAGGAGGACCUGAAAACUCUCGAAGUGGAAUGUGUUAGCCAUUUAAUACUUACCGAAGAUAGUUUGAAACAAGCCACAGCUCUUGUGCGUUUUAUAAAAAGAACUGGAAGAAAAGUGCCUCAGAAAUUGAAGGAAAUGGCAAAGAAAUGCCAAAAUAUGGUAGAAGGUCAGCAAAGCAAAAGCAAGCUGUUUUCUGAAAUUGACCCUGAUACAGCAGAGUGGAUUGGCUGUUCUGCAAAAGUUAACUUGGAAAAAAGAAAAAUACAUCCAGUGCUAAUAUAG